AUGGCUAGUCAGAAUGAGGUUAAUCACUUCGAAUACUUUAAUUAUGUCAGUGAGCAGCAAACAGAGCUUCCCAAAUUUUGUGUUCCUUUUCCACCAAAAAUCACUCCCGAAGAAUGUAUUGUUCUCAAGGACAAUAAAAUUCCAUCAAAGUCGCCAAAUUGUUUUAUAAUUUAUCGUCGUGCAUUUCAAAAGGAGAUUCGUGAGAAUAAAUGUUAUUUCAAACUUGAUUACGUUUCAAAAUUGGCUUCUGAAACUUGGAAACAAGAACCGCAUGAAGUUAAAACCGCAUACAAGGAAAUAGCAAAACAAGCUAAUUAUUUACUUGUCAACUUGCGUGCGAAAGCUGCAAGAGAGAAGAAUAAUUUCGAGGAGAAAAUGGAAGACAACAGCGAAGAAAUGGAAUUAAAUGCAUAUAAUGAACGACAAAUCGAUGAUUCGUUUGCUGACGAACAAUCGCAUAAUAAUGAAUUCGACGUGGAACUUCUUGAUGAUACGGACAAUCAAAGACAGCCACUGUUAUUCGAUUCUAACUCAAACGAUGAUGAUCAAUUUGAUCAAGAAAAACUCCUUCGCGAAAUCAAAAUACCAUUUCCGCCGACUAUUACGCCAAAAGAAAUCAUCGUAAAAAAAGGUGGAAAACUUCCAUCAAAACCUCCAAACAGUUUUAUAAUAUAUCGCCGUGCAUUCCAAAAACAAUGUCGUGAAUGCGGAUAUUUACUAAAGUUAAAUGUUGUUUCCGCAAUGGCAGCUGAAUCAUGGAAAGAAGAGCCUUUAGAAGUAAAAAAUGCCUAUAAAGAUUUAGCUUUACAAGUUAAUUAUGUGUUAGUUGAAAUGCGCGCUAAGGAAAUACAAACUAGAAAUCACGUGCAAGAAUUAAAAGAUCUAUUGAAACAAAAUAUCGAUGAUUCGUUUGACGAUAUUCCCGAGCUAAACACUCAAUUUUCAAUAGAAAAUCAUUCAUCAUCUAAUGAAGAAAACAAUUGCAAUUUAUCAUUAGAAUCGAACGCACAAAAUAUGUACAAUAAUCAAGAAAACUCACUAAUCAAUGAUAACUCAAACAAUGAUUUAAAUAAUGAUUUAAAUCUUUAUCCUAAUUCUAAUCAAAAUGAAAAUGUCGAAAUGAAUCUUAAUGCUAUUAAUAACAAUUAUGAUCAUUUUGAGUAUUUUCCAUUAUCGUUAAGCCACGAAGUCCAUCUCAAUGAAGAAGGAAUGCUCUUUGACGAUUAUAUCGCAUUUAAUUACUUUUCAUAUCAAGAAAAUAUGGGUCACUUUAACGAAACAUUCAUCUCACAUCUCGAUGAUGUGGCCACAAUACAAUCCCAAAGAAAUUAUCUUCCAUCAAUAUUUUAA